AUGGUGGUUUCAACUGUGUUUGCUGCGAUUGGAAUUGUCGCCGCGGCUUAUUGCGGGUUUUAUCUCCUUCGUCCAUUUAUAACCUUCUUUCUGCUACGAUUCUGCCUCUCCAAACGGGCAGACCUGAAAAAAGCAGGCGAUUGGGCUAUUGUAACUGGGGCGACCGACGGCAUUGGCAAGGCGUUCGCCCACGAGUUGGCCCGUGAUGGGAUGAACGUUUUCCUUAUAAGCAGGUCAACUGAAAAACUGACCAAAGUGGCUAACGAGAUUGAGUCCCUCUUCAAAGUGAAGACUCAGAUUUUUACUGCCGAUUUCACUACCGUAAGUUUUUUCUGCCGUUCCUACCCUUGCUGCUUAUUGCACCUUGCUCUGAGGCUCGGCUCACAGACAACGUAGCUUUAGCUUCAUCAGUUGCUUUCUUUUAAAAUGGUCAUGUAUUGGCUUGUGGUAACAGUUCAUUAAGACUGACCACGUUUGCAAUCAGUUCACGAGGCCAUUUGUGGCCUAUGCCUUCGCACCUACUCGACCUGCACUCACGGUGCCUUGAACCCGGAACCCUAAUUCUGCCGAGAAGUCUGACUAUGUCGGUAGCUCUUGGCUGUCUCGCUUAUGUGCUAUUCUGUGUGCAAUGUCACGCAUCCGAGCGUUUAGUGCCUUACAUCCCUCCUUUAGAUCAACUUUUAUGGAACAUUUCAGUUCAGGAUCGCCAUGUCACAGACCGACAUUGGGUCUUGUAAUGUUUUGUAGAGUAGUUGAUGUGGAUGCAUCGAGUAGGCCGGCAAUGUAGCGCGUCCUUCGGAUCGUGCACACCCGGAUUUCUCAUAGUAGUCCGUAUCGAUGUUUUAUGCUCCUUCAGUAACUGAUUCUGGCAGCCACCUUUCCGCGCAUAUUGUUCAUUUGCCAUUCUGCGUGUGUGCCUACGGCGUUGCUUGAUGCAUUGUCUUCCUCUUUUAGACCGACUUUUACGAAAGUUUACAGCGAACAAUCGAAGAACUUUCUUCAGUCUCCAUUCUCAUCAACAACGUCGGCGUCGCAUACUCUCAUCCGGAUGCCCUAGCCACCUGCAAAGAGCUGACUCUCGAGAAACUGCAGGGUAUGAUUGUCUGUAACGUGACGUCAACAACCUGCAUGAGCCGCAUCACCUUACCAAAGAUGCUAACCUCGCCGCCACCGCAUGGUGUCCAUCGCUACAUUGUCAAUAUUUCAUCAAUUUGUGACCGCUUCCACUGCCCUUAUCUUUCUGUGUACAGUGGCACCAAGGCCUUUAUAAAUAAUUUUACCGCCUCAUUAGCUGGUGAAUUGGUAGGAACCUGCGUUAAGGUACAAACUAUUAGUCCCGGCGCUGUUGUUACGGCUAUGUCAUUCGACAAACGCCCGGGUUUCUUUGCACCCCAGCCUUCCGCGUUUGCGUCAUCCGCGCUCUCCAUGUUGGGUGUGGGAAGCGAGAGUUGCGGUUACUUUGCUCAUGAACUGUUUCGAACCGCCAUUCUUGCCGUCCCCGAGUGGCUGCGCACUGCACAAAUUAAAAGCCGUAUGCUGGAGUUUCGAGACGUGUACUACAAGCGUCAAAAGUCAAAGGAUUUGUAAGUACACUGUCAGUUUCCUGAUUUUGUGAACUAUUCCAACUGUGUAUUUCUGCUACUGCACGUUGUCAUCUCCUAUAACUUUUAUUGGACUUAACUACUGCCCCUCGUUAGCCCGUCGUACUCGUUUUCAUUGCGUACCUUCGUAUGACUGGACAUUGAAUUUUCCAAAUAAAAUAUCGACCUGACCACCCAGUGGACUUUUUAUCGAUAUCUUUGUUUUGUCAUUGGAGUGCAGUCGGGUUUUUGACCAGCCCCAAUUUAUCGAGUUGUUCUCUGUCCUCAGUAUUCGGAUAUCACUGUAAAAUCAUCCCUCAACUCCUGAUAUGGGUUCAAAUUCCAACAAAUUGCAGAAGGAGGCCGAACGGGCUGCAGCGGGACUCACGUCUCUUGCCGUACUUCCUUACGAUCCUAGUUGCCGCUGCAGCGGUGCUCAUUGAUUGGUUAAUACGGUUAAUAUUCCCGACAGCAACUGACAAGACAGAGCCCGUGGCUCACUUGGUAAAGCGUUGGACUUACUAACGUUCUAUGACUGUCGAAUGUGGUUGUGAGCUUCAGAUACCCCACAAAACCGGAGCUCGUUAGGUCUAGUUUAUGAUUGCCGAUAAGACCGAAAUGGCCAUCCUACUACCCCAUUUCUGUCGGCGGUCCCUCUUCGUGUAUUAGGUCGCUGUGCGUUUCCCAUCAGGACGCUGGACGGAGCCUUAAAGCCUUAAAUUUUCAUCAUAUCACCUCGGAAUACCCACUAUCUUAGCUAUAUAUAUGUAUAUGUACACAUAUGUAAUGGUAGAGGAGGCGCUCACUGAUCGUUUUUCCGGGACUCACUCAUCCCGUUGUGCCUUACGGACUCACUUUUGAACCGAACCAGCAGCCGCACAACGUUCCAUGUAGGAAGUGUUAUUACCGACAAAGACAUGGGAGAAUGGAAGGGCCAUUUCUGGCUCAUUAGUUGUCGUCAGUCAGUCAUACCCGACCCCGAAGUGUGGGACACCUGAGGUUCGACCCCGCGACAUGUUAGUUAGAAGUCCAACGCCUCUGACUACUGAGCCAAGAGCUCGUUAUCUUGUCGGUUGCGAUCCAGAAUAUACAAUGGUGUUCCACACUUUGGGGUCAGGUAUGACUGACUGACGACGGCUAAUAAGCUAGAAAUGGCCAUUCCUUUCUUGUACAAUUGGUGUCUGACGGCCUCGUAUGGCGCCGACAGGUCGAUCCUACUACUGGCUGACUUGGCGUCGAAGUGCUAGGCAUCGACUACAUAUUGUAAUUUGUUCCCGGCUCAGACGAGUACUUUUGAACCGUAUGGCAUUGCCGACAAAGACAAGGGAGACUGGUCUUUGUCGGUAAUACUAUGCUGCCUAUAUCAUGCGUCGCUGUGCGGCUGCUGGUUGGGCUCGAGAGAGAGAGCCCGUAAGGCACAACGGAACGAGUGCGUUCCGUAAGAACGAUCGGUGAGCUCUUCCUACCAUUACUUUUGCAUCGUUGAAGCCGAAUUAAGGAUUAUUUUCGCGGCAAUGCGUAGAGACGUGCGAUUGUUCAUCCUGUCGCUUUACAGCUGGAACAUGUUCUUGCAUGCGCGUUCCUAGUCGUUUAUCGGUUCUGCCGCAGUAGUUGACCGGACAGUAGACGAUUGACGUAGUGAACAACUCCUGACAUGUCCUCAGGCGAAUGUUGCCCUUCCACUCCUAGCAUGAAUGUUGGAUCGCUGAAUGGCGUGUAUUGAGGGCCGGCUAUCAAACCGAGAGACUUAUUUCCGUCGAAUAAGUAGUCGCGGAUUGGCAGCAUCACUGAUGCUGGCGCGCAGUGUUAACUUGGUUUUACCAACUAUUUUACAAUUCAGGAAAAACCGAUGAGACACUGUGACAUGGCGCUCUGCUGAAGCCACUAAACAACUCCUCUCGCCCCAACUGCCCCGUAUUCCAAUUCAUAUAGACUACAGGAUGUAACCAAACCGUCUGCUGCGGGACUCGCGCCACCUGUCGUACUUCCGUACUAUCCUAGUUGUCCCUGCCGGCUGCACGCAUUAAUUGACUAGGAUAGUUGAUAUUCCUGACAGCAACGGACAAGACAGAGGGCUCAGUUGGUAAGGUGAUGGACUUAAUAACGUUCUACAGCCAAAAAUGCGUGUCUGAGCCACGGGUACCCCAAAAAUUUGAGGUUGGGAGGGCUGGCUGGCGAUGGCCAAUAAACCAGAAAUGACCACCAGAUUCUCCCUCGUCUGCGCAUAUCACUAGUCACUGGGCGAUUGACUAUGGGGCUCCAGAUCGAGCCAUAAAGCACAACGAUACCGAAUUAUACAUAUAUAGCAAACAUAUUAUACCGUACGUAGGUACCAACUAAAAGCCGAGAGACGUGUUUCGCCGACAUCCUGCCCCUGCGUGACAAAGCUGCGAGGGCUCUUCAGUGGGUCCCUCAGCGUCCCCUACGCGGUUUCUAGUAUAUGAACUUCAGAGAAGAAUCGAGCGAAUAAUUGCAAAAAUUAUCUAGUGCAAGACAUGGGGUUAAGUUUCCGGGACAUGAUUUUUUAGGGUCAGACUCAGAAAACGUAUAGACAACGCACGGGGGCUCACUGAGGACGCGAACCCCUCGCAGCUGUGUCACGUAACGGCAGAAUAUCGGUGAAACACGUGUCUGAGCUUUUAGUUAAUACGGUGUAAUACUUUUGGUAUAUACGCUUCACACAACUCGCAAAACUACUUUAUGCAAUGGGCAUUACGUGGUUAUUCCGCAGUGGUUAUUUGUCUUUGGCUCGAAUGUUCAUUGAAAUUUCGGGUCUAACCCUAGAAGGCCAUGUCCCAGAAACUAAACUCCAUGCCCUGCACUGCAUAAUUUCUAGAAUUAUUCGCUCGACAUGUGUAUAUACACUGGUAGGGGACGCCCACCGAUCGUUCUUACGGAACUCACUCGUUCCGUUGUGCCUUACGGACUCACUUUCGAGUCCAACUAGCAGCCACACAGCGGUGCAUGAUAUAGGCAGAAUGUUAUUACCGACAAAGACAUGGGAGACUGGAAAGGUCAUUUCUGGCCCAUUAGCCGUCGUCAGCCAGUCAUACUUGACCCCGAAGUGUGGAACACCUGAGGCUUGAUCCCGCGACCUGUUAGUUAGAAGUCCAACGCCCCUGGUCACUGAGCCACGAGCUCGUUGUCUUGUCGGUUGCGAUCGGGAAUAUACAGUAGUGUUACACACGUUGGGUUUUGCCUCCUCCGUUUUCCCGUCGUCGUCACUACAUUGUGUUUGAACUCGUUGGAAGAGAGUUCUGACACAACUGCGCUUGUGACCUGGAAUUGUGCCUCAGAACUUUCUUCACUUUCGGCGGCCGGGUUUACGAACAGAAGAAGGGAACACCGAUGGGAUCCCCCUGUCUGGGUUGAUUGCUGAGGCGGUUCUUCAGAGGCUAGAACGACUGAUCUUCCGUUCAUACUCCCCAAAACUCUGGGCCGGAUAUGUCGGCGACACAUUUGUCGCAAUCAAGAGGAACAACGUUCAGGACUUCAAGGACUUACUGAACUCAAUAUUCCCCGACAUCCAAUUUACAAUGCAAGAGGAGAACAACAACCAGUUGCCCUUCCUAUACGUGAAUGUUUCAAGGACGGUUAGUGGGAGGAUAAGAACUACGGUAUACCGUAAGCCGACGAAUACUAGAUGCAUCCUCCAAUUCCGAAGUAACCACCCUAUUGGUCACAAGCGCAGUUGUGUCAGAACUCUGUUCCAACGAGUUCAAACACACUGUAGUGACGACGACGGGAAAAAGGAGGAGGCAAAAUACCUACAUUCUUUCUUCACAGUCAAUGGUUACCCAAGAUCCUUCAUACGUGAGUGCCGAAGAAAGUCUACCCGUCAGCGAUCAGACGGUAAGAAGCCGAAGUUUUGGCUUACGAUCCCCUACGUGAGGAAUGUUUCCAAGGCGACAGCUAGAAUCCUAAACUCUUUUGGGAUUGGGGUGGCCCAUAAAACGGAAUCCACUAUCAGACAGCAGAUAGUGAGGCCCAAAGAACCGCUACCGGCAACGGAACAAUCAGCAGUGGUCUACAGCAUACCGUGCCAAAAUUGUAAUUCGAGGUAUGUUGGUGAAACGGAGAAACGCCUCUGUACCAGACUGCAUGAGCACCAGCUUGCAGUCAGCCGCGAGGAUAAACUGUCACUGGUAUAUGGCAACAUGCAACAGGAGAAGCAUAGUUUCGACUUUGGGGAAGCAAGCGCCCUUGGUCGAGCCCAUGACAAGAUGGCUGGGCUGUUGCUCGAAAGUUGGUCCUCAGUUGGCACAAUCAACAGGGCUACUGAUCUUCAUCCGGUCUAUCAGGCGCUACGUACAAGGCUCCAGUCAGUCCAGACCGGGCCGACAGUACUGGUGAGCGAGUCGCGGCUCCUCCAACAGUUGUCACCUUCACAGCAGAGGGAAAGAGCCAGACGGAGGUCACACGACCAACGCAAGACAUCGACCCACCGGCGCGCCCAAACAGCCGAGCGUGAUUCGCACAUGCAACGGUAG